AUGAAGAAGUCAACUAAAAGGAGUAAUCAGAAUACCACUACACCGCGGGAGAAUGAAAUAGCGAAAGAUGUAGACACCACUCGUGAAACCACCCAAAGGAGGAAGGGGAAAGAAAAUGAAAAAGUGGACAUGGGAAAAAACAAUAUUGAGGCGAAUGAGCAAGCAGAGAAUUUAAACUACAUUAACAGUUACCUAACGGAAAUAUUCGACUUGGCAAAAAGUGACGAGUCGGUGUCGUCGAAAGAGGAUGGUAAUGUGAAGGGCACUCCCCCACAACAAAAAAGUAGCGAACUUGGUGAAACCAUUUCUCGCCUUCACACAAAAAAUAAUAGCUUCAACGUCGAGUGGGACUUGGACAACACGUACGAGUUUGAGACAAUGGAGAGUGGAAGUUACCCAAAUGGGGAUGUACAGUUGGUAGAAGCGGUAGAUGUGGUAGAGGUGGUGGAGGUGCCAAACGCCGGAGAGGUCUCCGCAGGAGCGUCCUAUACCGGUGGAGGAUGCGAACAUGGCUUGAGGCUGAAGAAGGCGCUCACGAGCGUGGACGAACGGGACUACAACAUAUUCGGAACCAAGUCGCUGUUCAACCACUUUGGGUCAUUUAACAGGAGUGGCAGCCCAGGAGUCUGGUUGACGAAGGAUGAAGAAAUGUAUAAUGCUACAAAAGGUCAGAGUGUGCAAAAUGGGGUAGGGGUAUGCAUGAAGAUGGCCGAGGGGACAGGUGAUCUUCUCAUAGAUGAGGUUGUUAGGGGGAGUUGUCCAAUGGAGCAGAGCGAAAAGUUCGACAUGCUGGAGGAGGACGCGUUUCAUAAUACGGGUGGAUCUUCAGUAGAGCACGAGAGCGAUCGCGUUAAUGUGGAGCUCCUGCUAGCGCAGCUCGCGGGUAGUAACGAACACGUCGAUGGGGUAGACACGGUCCAAACGGGAAAGUCACCACAUGAGCUGAAUAAAAAUCUGUUCGAACUUCUCAGCAGCAGCAAUAGGGAGUUCAUUUGUGACUACAUUAGGAAGUAUCGAGAAGUGGAAGAGUGCGGGGAUGGGACAAGCGGUGAGGGAAACGUGCAAGGGCAAAAUGCGCCCCAUGUUGAUGGCUACGAGAAGGGGAAGAGUGUAUGUUUUGACCUCCUCACCCAGGACAACAGCAUCAUGUUGAACGAGCACGACAUCGGAACUUAUGUGAAGAGAGACAGGGGAAAGGAAGCAGGCAUUGGUUUCAAAUCGGAAAGCUUCAUAUCGAGCGGGGAGAAUAUUCAUCCGUCGGGAGGAGAAAGAGACGAAACAAGCCGUCAUAACGUAGUAAAUCAGGACAACUGCGCGAUGCACCACCUGGGGGGGAUGGCCCAUCCUGCUCACACGAAUGGGGGGGAGUACAAGAAGGAAGGAUAUGAGCACACCGAUUCGAAUGCCCCAAGUUUGUUUUUCAUCCCCGCAUGGGUUGGAUAUGAUCAAGGAGAAACAUGCAUGCAAGGAAGGGGUCUUGACAAGGAGGACACGGAAGGGAAGAGAAGUACCACCACUCCUCCCAACCAUGUAGCACCUGCAGAUGCAUGGCAUGGGCAGACUCCUUCAGUGCGCCCCAAUGUUAAAGAGUGCACAACGUCAGAGCUAUACGAUAAUUUAUUGGAACUACUAAACGAUGGUUCUCACAAUGUCGUCAAGGUGGAUAACGUGAAGCAAGAAAUAGGGAUGCACUCAGGGGAAGACUUCAUUAGUGGCAACACUGCCGCGUACUACCAUGGGGAUAUUCUCAAACAUAUGACACAUGAGGGGGGGAGAUAUUCUCAUCCCGAUGACGACCACAAUGGUGCUAAUGAUGCAUUUACACGUAGGGCCAAUUAUGAAGCAGUGAGGAACUAUGCACACGGGUUAAGUGGGGUGGACGAUGUUGCAGAGGUGAGCGAGGUGGGAAGAGGAGUUACCAUGGGGAACAUCAGCAAUACAGCCUUACCAAUGAAGAGCUACUUGAAAUACCCGACUGCCCCUUUCCCCAUUUUGCAUGAUAAUGCGCAGGGUACCUUUCGAAAUGGAGGACAAUCUACACAUGGAUCACAGAACAAGGUUGCUAAAAAAAAAAAAAAUAUUAUGUUCGAAGCGUUAAAGAAUAAAAUAGGGUUUCUUCUACAACACGAGGAUGAUGAGGUUUCUCUCAGUGAAUACAUUAUGGACGCUAUAAGUGAUUAUAACCGUAGCAAAUGGGGAACGGGCGCCAGCGGUAGGGAAAGAAUGGAACAUGUGAGUCGUCCUUCAUUUGGGGAGGGGGAUGCAGGAUUAUAUUAUAACCCAGUUGGGGGAGGGUACGAGAUUCCCACUAGGACAGAUCUACAAACUUGCUAUGCUAGACAGGGUACGCAAAAUGGUAUCCCUAAAAGUGAGACGAUUAAUUACAAUUGCAGUGGAGCAAGUGAGCAUCGGCACACCACCAAUUUGCCCCUUGGGAGAGCCCACACUGAUUUGUAUAAUGAUAGAUAUUCACAAAUGGAUCCCAUCAGGGGUAGAUCUCCUCCUCAGGGUCUACAGUUGGAGGGGACCCGACAGGACAAAUGGAGGGCAGACAACUCCAAUGGUGGCGUCCCGCAUGUGAGGAACAGAACACAAAGGAGCAGCAUUGCCAAUCUGAAAUUGUUCCUAGAGAACAGUUUACUCGCGCAUAACAUGACCAAUUCGAGGAGCGCGCAGGAUGGAGCUGUAGGUGCAGUUGGCGUUGCAGUGGAGGCGGGCAUCCCCAGUGGGCACAUGGACAAUUAUACCAGCGGGCAGCGUAAUAGCCUCAGCAAGGGCAGCUUCGGGGGCGAUUCCGCGUUUGGCCCAAAUGGGUACGACAUUAGGGCAAGAUGGAACUCUGGGCUCAUGUCGACUGCUUCGCCUCCUUUGCCCGUCCUGCCCGUGAAAGAGGUAGACGGGAGAAACUCCGCAAACGUGGGUUCUUUCCAUUGGGGAGACUAUUCCAUCGAACCGGGAGAUGCGAUUCGUGAACAGGUGGGAACAGCUAACAAGGAAGAGGACAAGGCAGCGCAGCUCAGAAAAAUAAACGAAAAUUUGCUUCUACUCAGUAGAAGGAAUAGUAGAAGCCUUCGCACCAGUGAUGUGUCUACGGUGGAGCAGGAAAGGAGUGCAGCACAGGAUGGCUCUGCGAAUGGUCACGUUUUACCACUACAUGGGGGUAACAGCCUGAUGAGAAAUCCCGAAGGUGCACGUCGUGACAACGGCUUGGCGCAUGACGGGGAUGACUGGCUUCUGAAAAGGGACUCAGCAAAUCUGACGAUACAUGGGGCAUUUGGUGGUGGUGUCGGAACUGACCUUUUUAGCGGCGUUGUUGGGUCCUUUGAAAAGGGGCACUUCAUAGACGAUGAGGUGGGGUCGAACUGGUCUAGCUGGAAUUUUAAGGGAAGGGAAAGAGGUAUUGAAGAGGCGAAGACGGAAGGAAUUCUAUUUGGAGGCAGGAGGAGAGAUCCAUCUUUGAGGAGUGGGGGGAAGGGCGCAUUCGAAGACCACGGAAAUAACUCCCUGUGGAAUAGGAACGUUGCCUCGGGCUCGUCGGCCACGCGGGGCAGCAACAGCAGAGGUAGCGGCGUAAACAGCGGCAGAGGUAGCGGCGUAAACAGCGGCAGAGGUAGCGGAGACAGAAACGGUCGAGUGGACCGGUCAAAAUCAGAGGAAAGGCGAGGGAUGUCCAACACAAGAGGAAAGAAGAAAUCGAGCGAAGCGCGUGAUCAACUAUCUGCAGAAGCCUUAAAGGCAUGUCUUUCGAAAAAGGAUGAGCAGGACUUGGAGCAUCUACUAAAGUCUCUUUACGAAGACAGAAUAAUUCCGCUGGUUAUCAAUUUAAAGGGAAGGGCAGAAGAAUAUAACUUGAGGGAUGUGAUAAAAAACAAUAUCACAAAUGCGUAUGGGUUAUUCCCUGAGAAGUACACAGUGACGGAGCAUCACCCUCGUUCUCCUUCCUCUGCUGCUGCUGCUAAUUCCCCUCCCGCUGCUGCCUCCUCUCCUGAGAACUGUUUGGUUCAUUUUGCACACAGAAAGGUGGACGACGAUUAUUUUUUCUCCAUUAACGAUUCAGUAGACAGAUACGACGCGACGUUGUGGAAUCAAUUUGAGAAAUAUUUACUCGAAAUAGCUAGUUCGGAUGAUCCCCAGGUGUAUUCCUUUACAGGGGGCAGGUAUGGCAUGGCGAAGGAGUUGCAGAGAAGGAAGCUCCCAUUUUUUCAGGGGCUCUACUUGGGGCACCUGUGUCACAUUGUUCACAUCAGUGCUACCAGAAAAAUCAUUGCUUACGAAAAUAAUUUUAUAAAACCUAUUUCGCAAUGUAAAAAGUACGAGGAUGCCAAGAUGGGUAUAUUAAACACACGGGGUGGUAAUGCAAAAAAUUAUAUUUCUUCCAUGGAGGAGUUAAAAUUUUAUCUUGGCGCUAUUCUCAAGACUCACAAGAGGGGAAUUAACAUCUCUACGUUGAAGGGGAAAAUGAUGAGCAAUUAUAACAAGCGUUUGUGUGAGAGUGUCUUCCACUGCGUAAAGCUGGUGGAGUUGUUGCAGAUGGAGGAGCUGCGCGACGUCUGCGUGGUGGACCUGGAGUCCCGCGUGCUGCGCGGUGUGGUUGCGCGUUGA